AUGAGAGCAACCGGCAAGGCGCAUAGCCACGAUCUGAAACAGAUUUUGCCUGGAUUUUUCGCUACGGAAGAGGUAGAAGAUGACCAAUACAGUCUACCCUUAUGGGGAACAAAUCAUUACUUACGUAGCAUUUAUACACUCGAAUAUGGAGAUCUUGCUUCGUUCGAUGGUAUACGCGUCAUCAGUUCCCUGGCUAAUCUUCAAAACUGCACUUUGUCCGAGGGCUUUUGCGUCCUGAAAGAAGAAAUCAUUAUGUGGGAGCCUGUCACCAGCCCCUCGCUUUGCCCUUACAAGUUUGCCGGAUCCUUCAAUUCUUACGUCACCUCCAAGUUCGCGUUAAUCCCUCAGUCCGAAUUAGCCUUUGAAUUCUAUUCGGAUACAUACGCCUACGCCGAGAUAGCGACAAGAUGCGGUUUCUCAGGAUUUUCAUUGACAACCUCCCAUCACAUCCUCAUUUUCCCACAACUGCCUGCUCAUCUCUCCCUUCAACGAUAUAUUUUGGAGGAAAGCUUACAUCGACGUGGAAGACGAGAAAUACGAUAUAUUACGGACUCGACGGGAGCGAGGUCGUCGUAUGAGAUAGUUCCUAAGCAGUCAGAGCCUCUGAUACGAAGACUUUUCGGUAUCACGGAGUUAACACGGUUGCCAUUCUUUGCAACGGCGCCCAUAAGGGAACCACGUAUUUUGAGGGAAAUGGAGAGAUGGAAUGUCACUAACAGAGAUUUCCAACUUCGUCGAAGACUCUACGCGGCUGAAGAUCCGAGGCUGACGGUUUUGCGCACGAUACGUUACUCAGAGUACAGAUGGAAACAACUAAUCGAGUUUGAAGAAAUUCGCAAGACCAGGAUGCUAACAUAUGCAGAGUUUUCUACUCAGCGAGAUCUGCAGAUGGGCAUAAGUGCUAUUUUUGAUGACUACCUUGCUGAAGAAUUUGGACCAGCCCGGAUUGUAUUUGGAAAUGAUACUUCCACCAUUCCUAUCCCUUUCUACGUUAUCACUACCUCACCUGUGAGAGAUUUGCCGCCAAUACCAACCACUACGACCACGCCGAUGAUGACAACAACAACAACGAAAAGAACAACUACCAUCAAACCUUACUCUGAUGCCACCGAUUAUCCCGACGAUUAUGUCGCUGAUACCUUUCAAGUCGACUAUGCA